AUGGACAAAGCCUGUUUACCCAUCUCUCGUGAACAAAUUUGGCCUAAUAUCAUUUUCCUAGAGUCCUAUGCCAUCAUGCCCCCUCUGGAGCAGUUCAUGGAGGUGUCAUUUGAGGAGCAGAGGAAUCUGUUGUACAGGGACAUGGAGCGAGAGGAUAUUGUGAUAGGCAGGAUCRACUCCAUCAGGGAUUUUGGCUUCUUUGUAACACUGAUCUGCAUGGCAGGUGGACUAGAGAGAGACAUAGAGGAUCUGGAGCUCACGGCCCUGUGUCCCCUUAGAGAUGUACCUUCUAAUGGCAAUCAUGACGAUCCGCUAUYGUACUAUCAGAUUAACGAUUUAAUAAGAGCUGGAGUGAAGGAUAUUGACCGAUACCAUGAGAAGAUAACCAUUUCACUUCAGCCCACCUCCCGUGCCCCAAACCUGAUGAGCCUAAAGCUCGGAGUGUUUAGUAGAGAUUAUCUUCCACUUCAAUACAGUUGCAGUGUGAGGGUUGCCAAUGACAACACUGAAACCUAUGAGAGGGUUUUAGAGGAUACUAUUGGAUACUCCAACCCAUCUAAUGUGGAGUAUCUCCUGGGGAAGAUUGGGAUCAGUGACACACAGCCUCCCUCACUCAUGAGAGGGCUACAGAGCAAACAUUUCCUUGAGGAGGACUUUGCCACAAUUAUCCGAAAGAAGCAGUCUGCGUCCUGGACUCUUAAAUGUGUGAGGGUUGGUGUGGACCACUUCAAAUCUGGUCGCCACGUUGAAGCAAUGAAUGAAUAUAAUAAGGCCUUAAAUAUUGACACUAACAAUGUGGAAGCCCUUGUGGCACGUGGUGCACUUUAUGCCAACAAAGGGAGUUUGCUAAAGGCAAUAACAGACUUUGAGCUGGCAUUGGAAAGCUGCCCAACCCACAGAAAUGCUAAGAAAUACCUAGGUGGCCAGCGAGGUGGCCAACUGGAGAAGGAACAAAAGUUAGUUACAGCUGAGGGCCUCUACAGAAAAGCUCUGGCCUUAGAAGACUCCUUCCCGGAUGCCAAGGAAGCAUUGAGAAAAAUAGAGCUACUUAUCCAGAAAUCCCUCAAACUGAGAGAAGAGGCAGCAGCAAAGGAAGCGGAAAAAGCUAAGAAUGUGGAGACGAGUGCAGAAAAAUUGCGUAAGAUCUUAAAAKAAGAAAAAAGAAUGAAAAAGAAACGGAAGAUAUCUUCCUCUUUAUCAACGUCAUUGUCUUCCACCUCUUCGUCCGACCACUCCUCCUCAUGGUGCAGGAAGUCAAAGACAAAAAAGAGRAAACACAGACGGUCAUCUCGAGGGGAGAAGCGGAAGGUUUUAUCCAGGGACGACAGGAGUGUGUCUGAGGAAUGGUACCCUGCCCCACCCAACACCACCACCACCACCUCCUUCCUGGAUCAGAAAUGUAGCUUGGUCAGGCUUUUUGAGGGGCCAGAGAGGACUGAAGAGCAUAGUCAGCCCCACAGCAAAGGCAGGCACCGCUCACAUCACUCUUUAUCAUUAGUGUCCACAGAUGCUCCGGACAACAGCAGAGGUAGGUUUGAAGAUGACCCUGUUGACAGCUCUCCUCAGCGAGCUGAGAGCAGCAAGGGGAAAGGURUCCGUGAUGACAAGACCAGUGAUGAGGAGGUGAAUGAGAGGGAAGCCUCCAGGGUGCAUUGGAAGAGCCAGGGCCAGGAGGAUCAAAGUAUCCCACAAGAAGUUCUCAGCUCAUCGGAGAAAGCCAAACACAGAAGAAUGUCCUCAUCUGCCAGCUCAGAGCAUUCCUGCAAAUCUGACCGGUACGCCAACGACCUCACGUCACAGUCCCACAUAUCGAGUUACAGACGAUCAGAUAGUGGGAGGUAUGGUAGCACAGAACAAGGAGAUGUAAAAAACAAGGCCACCCGAAGGUCUGAUGGCAGGGAUAACAGGUAUUCCACUGAUGCCUCUCUGAAUGGUAAGGGAUCUGCAGGAGGAAAUAGAGCUGUCAACUAAUCUCCUAGAUAUCUUCAGCCAAAUAGCUCAGUUUGAGAAGGAGAAAUACUUCAAGCUGAAAAAGUGAAUUCAGCUUUUCCGAGAUGCUUUAACCAUCUUAUUUCAUAACUAUGAACAAAUCAACUAUUGCUAUUAUAGUGUUGGACAAAUUUCUAGUGUCCAAUGCUGUCAAUUUUGCAUUGGUGAUAUCAAAAAAUGUGCUCUGAAAUGUUUACUGUUUUUGUGAUAAUUACACUGCCUUAAUAUCAUAUCAGAUUGUAUUUUCUGUGAAAGGACAUGCUUUUUACGUGCCAGAAAGCAAAUGAAAGACCUGUUAAGAUAUUUGCUGUCGGCAUGCAGUUUGAAAAUGAUUUUGCUUCAAUUAAAGGUAGACUCUGUGAAAUUACAUUGUUAGGAGCAGAUAUUGCGAUAGUCUACCUUUAACUMAUUUUCCUCCUAAGUACAAUAAACUCUGUAUUAGUAUCAGGAAACUCACAAAUUAGAAUAAA